CUUAGGAUUCCUAUUUCCUUUUAACUCCCUAGUCCACCACCCCUUAUAUAUAGCAAACAACCCCUAUUAGCUUUCAGUCACAGAAAAAUUCUGAGAAGGAAUUAAGAAGAAGUAGAAGCAAAUAGAUAAGAGCAAGAAACAAGCUAGAAAGACAGAUUUGAAGGAGAAUCUUAAGAACAUGGAACAGCCUCUCUGCGCUAAUGGUUGCGGCUUUUAUGGAUCUCUUGAGACACAAAACCUGUGCUCCAAGUGCUACAGAGAUUUUCAAAAACAAGAACUCCCCAAGAAAGCCAAAGCAGACAGUGAACCACAAGACUGCCAAGAAGUUGUAAUGAAGAUGAAUCCUCCACUCUUCGCUAAUGGUUGCGGUUUCUUUGGAGUGGCAGACACAAGGGACAUGUGCUCAAAGUGCUACAAUGACUCUCUUAAAGAAGAGAUUGCAGACAAAGUUAAAGCACCGGACUUGGACAAUCCCAUGAACUCCGCUCAAUCUCAACCAUCUUCGGCUUCUGGUGUGGAUGCUAUAGUUAAAGGUUCGACAAGCGUGAAGAAUAGGUGCAAGAGCUGCAACAAGAAAGUGGGGUUGACAGGGUUUGAGUGCAAAUGUGGGAACAUAUUUUGUGGAAUGCAUAGAUAUCCAGAAAAACACGCGUGCAAUGUGAAUUUCAAGGCAAUUGGUAGAGAUGUUUUGGCUAAACAAAAUCCAGUUUGCAAGGGUGACAAGUUACAGUGGAGAAUUUAGAAUAGGAGCAACUAGUUGUUGAUUUAGGCCUUUUUUUUCUUUUUCUGAUUUAGGUAUUGUAAUUGUUCUAUCCUAUGUAUAUAUGGGUCAGGUUUAUUUGGAGGAUA